AAACCAAAGAACAAGGUUAUCAUGAUUAUGUAGCUGUUAUAUGAAUUGCUGAAUAUGAUGCUUUUUAUGGUAUGCUUGAAACUAAAUGAUGCUAUUGCGACUGGAUCUGAUCUUUUUUUGGGGGGUCAAUUUCAGGUCUUCCUCUUGGAUUCUCCCAUCCGAAGCAGUAAAGGAGAUGAUAAAAAUUGCAAUGAAUCGUGCUAAACAAAACCAUCGACUGUUGGAGGUUAAGCUUGAUGUUGAGGUCAAACUGGCUUCUGGAAAAUUUCCGAAGCUGUUCAGUAAGAAGUACUUUCAUAGAGUGAGGAUGGAACGGAACGAAACAUUCUUCUUUGGAGUAAUUCUGAAGAGGUUUCGUUUGAAUGAGUGGAAGGAAUGAACGUGGAAAGAUAGAGCAUCAAUCAUCCUUUGUCCGAGUUAUAUUCUGCUUUCAGCGCCAUUUCAUAACCUGAGGCGUAGUCGUCUUUAUACUCUUUUAACUGUUGAAUUGCUAUUGCUAUUUUUUAGGAAUACUAAUCGAGGGUGUUAGAACUUGCAAGACUUUUGUUGCGCUUUGAAGGAUACACACACCUGUUUUUUGGACCUUCUUAUUAUUUGGUGAAAAGAACAUUAUGAAAUGAAGAUGAAGACUAGUCAUUUCUUAUUUUAAUAGCUGGGUCUCACAAACAAAGUAAAUUUGUAUAUGAAGUAUAUACAAAAAUAUGAAAUGAAUGAAGACUAGGUGUGUAGGUGAACCAAUUCAAUUAUCCUAUUAUCAUAUCAUGGCUACAACUUUCUUAAACUUCCUUCCUAUGUGUCAAAACAGACUCGAAAAUGAAUUGUCAUUUUAGAAAGUGUUUGUUGGUGAUGGCAAUGGCUCUGUUUGUGUUGGCAUUUGUUGUAUCAGCCACAGCCAGACGACAUCUAGUGGAAAAGGUCGAGGAAUCUCGUGUUUAUGUUGGCUUGGAUGCCCAUCGUUCUUAAGUUUCGUUUGAUUUUAUAGGUACACCACAAUAAUGUUUAUAUUCUAUCAUCUACCAGCUUUUGAUUUUGUUUAUAGUAGGAAUUUUUUCUUUUUUCUUUUUUCUUACAGCUGGUCUUGGACGAGACGGACUCAUAAUAAGAUCGUCAAUUUGAGCAGACCCAAUU